AUGGCCGUAAAUCCUCUCUUCCCCCUCACCAUCGACGACACCUCGCCUCUCGUCGUCUACCAGCCCUUUGCCGAUACCUUCACCAUCCCCAACGUUGCGACCGGCUGGAACCCCUUCUACACGCUCACAGGAUUCGCCACAGUGGCCACCGGCGCGGACUCGGAGGUUGCCUCCGCCCUCGGGAACGGCACCAGCCUGCACCUCACCGCCUGCGACGGCGCGAGCCUUCAGGUCAGCUGGAACGGCACAGACAUCACGCUUUUUGGCACACUGGUGCUCCCUCCCAGUGGAAGCAAUCUCGUCGCGUCAUACUCGGUCAACCUCGAUGGCACCGACACGACGAAUUUUCUAUCGAACAUCAGCCAUUCUUCCACCGUCGACGACGCCGUCACCGACGUCCUCGUUCAAUUCAAGAAUCUGUCCGAUGGCGCCCAUGUCCUGCAACUCACGAUGCACAAUUCGGACGACAGUGCGACGGCUGGGAACUCGACGACCGGCCCCAUUAUCGCCUUCGACCGUGCCGUUGUGAUAUCCGAUUCCGGGAAGCCAGGACCCGCGCCGCCCGCGUCUUCUGCGACGAGCCCGUCCGCCGCCACGCCGUCUUCCACCGCGACAGCCGUGACGUCUCCCGUGCCGGACGACGACAUCGCGUUCCGUGGCCGCUGGAGUUUUCAGUCUGGGCUGCUCCCCGACUCGGAUGCCAUAUUUCAUAGCAGCUCAAACGUCGGCGACCGGGCCUCGCUCACAUUCAACGGCUCCGCUGUCAGCAUCAUCGGUCUCACCACACCCGCGUCGGGCGCGUACAACGUAACGCUCGACAAGGAGGAGCCCAUCUCAAUUUCUGGACGUGCUUCGUUCACUUCCAACGCCCCCACCCUCCUCUUCUUCCGCACUGGGCUCGACCCCUCGGUCAUGCACGCGAUCGACGUCGUUAACGCAGGCCCGGCGGGCGCGGGUGAUGGCGCAGGCUCCCUCCUCUUCCUCAGUGCGGUCAACGUCACGCGCGUUGAGAGUGGCGCAAUCCCCAUUGGGGCCUCCGAGUCCCCCUCGGGUCUCCCUCAAGGCGUGAUCGCGGCUAUCGCCAUCGGCGUCACGCUCUUCGUCGCUUUGAUCCUCGCGCUCGUCGUGCUUUGCCUACGCCGCCGCCGGCGACGCGAGCACCACAAGCGCUCGAUGCUCGUCAGCCCGCAGAUGCGCCUCGCGCGCCGGCUGUCCUUCCUCCUACCGCACCGUCGCCACGAGUCCCCCACGCCCGUCGUCGCGGGCAAGGCGCGCGAAAUGUUCGACCCGGGCUACCUGCCCGGGGCCGUGAUCGCGCCCGCGGGCGUGCUCGACAUCUGCAGCCCGAGCACCGAGUACGGCUCGUACGGACAGGAGAAGGACGGGGACUCGGCGGACGAGUCGGACUUUGGCGAGGGCGAGGGCGCGGACGGGCGGCGGUUCUCGGCGGUGGAGAAGGGCAAGGCGCGCGCGCUGCGGCAGAGCGGCGCGUCGAAGAACUCGGACGGCAGCUACUCGAUCGAGCUCCCCGACCUCACCAUCGUCCAGAACCCGCACGGGUACCUGCCCCCCUCCGCGGUGCCGUCGACGCCCUCGCCGCCCGGGCACACGCUCGUGAUCUCGUCCCCGACCUCGCCGAGCGGCACGAAGCCGAAGGGCCCGCGGGAGUUCCCGGGGCGGUGCGCGCCACGCGAGUCGACGCGCGGGAUACUGCUCGCAGCCCUGCCUUCGAGGUCGAGCCCAGGGCCGUACGGAUCGCUGCAAGACGUCGACUUGAGCGACAGCCAGAUGCUGGGCGUCCCGGCGCCGUCCUAUCUCCCCGAGGCGGUCAUCUCCCCGUUGCGAGUGGAGUUUGCGAGCGACGUGGAGGAGCACCAACGCGACCGCCACCUGAGCGCGGGCGCGGUCUCGCUGCCACCGUCGCUGAAGCAGGCGCUCGCUGAGUACGCCCCUCCCGUGGAAGCGGCGGCGGCGACGCCCCCGUCCCCUACGCGCACCACGGGGGGCCGGAUGUACUCGUUUUUGGACCUAUCGUCGUCGGCGUCAACGUCGCUGCGGUCGCAGCGCCAGAGCUCAUCCAACUCCACGAGCAAGACCAAGUCGCGUAGCUCGUCGCGCUCGACGCGCUCGAACUCGCACUCGAACUCGCGCUCGAUGGGCACCACCGACCGCACCGAUCGCAGUCAGCACGUUCAAUCGCCGCCCGCGCAGACGUUGACGUGGGCGUCGCUGCCCCCGGAUCGACGCAUCUCGCUCGGGCUGUCGAUGACGUUCGGCGGCGGUUCGUCCGUCUCGCGUCCGUCGAUCUCGACGGCGAACCUCUCGAUGCACCCGAUCUCGCCCUCGUACGCGGAGCCGUCCCCGCCGCUCCCGACGUCCUCCGCCGCCGCCUUCCGGAUCGACUCGCCGACAUCCGGCGACCGCACCGACGCAGAUGACGACGAGGCCGACGACGAUGCGGACGACUUCCCGUACACCGUCAACCAGUUGCCCUCUCCGACGGACUCUAUCCCGUACACCGUCUCCGACAUCCACUUCCGCCACUCCACGCACUCCUCCAUCCUCUCCGGCCGCACCGAGUCCCGCCGGGAGUCCCGCAGGCUCAGCGCGUCCCAUCGCCCGCCGCACCCCCCACUACCGUCGUCCCCGGGGCUCCCUCCGAACUCGCCGUCGUCCGCGCGGCCGACGCACCACCGCGGUAUGUCCCAGACCAGCGGCUCGCAGCAGGUCCCGCCGAUGAUCGUGCAGCGCAUCCUCGGACGCGCGCCGGCGUCGAACCCGCCGACGCCCAUGGGCCCGCAGUUCGCGACCGCGGCGAGCUUCGCGGCGGCACGCGCCGCAGCGAGCAGCCCCGUUGCGACCGUGCACCCUGCGACGCCUAUGCCUGUGCCACGGCCGACGCCAUCGCCGCACCCCACGGUGUCGCAGGGUGGGUCGACGGGCCCGGCACAGACGCAGGCGACCCCGGGAUCGUCGACGAGCGUGUUCGGCUUCCAGAUAGGGCGGCACCUGCGUGAACGAUCGUGA